UUGCUGGGUUCUUUGAUUAACGAUCAUUUUCGUUUCCUUGCUUAUUGGGUUCUCUGAAUUUUAGUCCUGCACUGGGGAAGAUUAUGGCUCUUUGCUGAAUCCGGAAAUUGAUGUUCCCUGUUUUUGGCAUUCUGGUUUCUAAGUCCUUGGCGGGUUUUGAUGGUGAUUACAUUUUAGAAUUUUGCUAUUCUGCUCCUGUGUUAGAAUUUUACUUUGCAUCAGAGGGGAACUAUAUGCGGAUUUUUGCUUGAAGGGUUUGUCGAGUUGAGUGCUUCUGGAUCUCUUGUCAAAGUAUUUUAUGGUUGUUUGCUCACUGUUGCACCGAUUUAAGACUUCUUACUUUCAGUCCAAUGAUGCUCAGUGAUGCUACGAGUCCUAUCAGUGGCCAUAGCCACACAAGAAGUUUUCUUGUUGAGGCUAUUAAUGCAGAAAAGAAACUGUGGACCCAAAUCCUUUCAAAGGGUAUGCUGCAAACGUAUGUUCAAGAAUUAUACCGUAAAAUCCGUUCUAACUAUGAGAAGAUCAUCUUGAGUGACCAUGAACUGGCAGAGCUUCAAGACAUAGAAUAUUCUCUGUGGAGGCUUCACUAUAAAUGUAUUGAUGAAUUUCGUAACAGAAUACAACAAACUUCUGCUAAUCCAGAAAAUAAAAAUCUGGUGAUGCCACAAACUUUGACUAUUGUGCAGCACAAUACUGAUAAUCUUGUAGAAGGAUUUAGAUCAUUCCUUUCGGAAGCUAGUGAAUUUUACCAAGAGUUAAUCACAAAAAUCAGAAGAAGUUAUGGGCUUCCAGAAGAACUAUUCUUCAAGGAUGAAUUCUUUUCAAGUUCUAUUGAGUCAACAAUAAUGCACAGAUGCGAAUUUUCAUGCCACCGUUGUCUAAUUUAUCUAGGAGAUCUUGCUCGCUACGGAGAAAUUUAUGCGAAGCCUACCAGUGAGAAGUGUAACUGGUCUGUUGCAGCUACUCACUACCUAAAUGCAUCAAUGAUUUGGCCAGACAGUGGAAAUCCCCACAAUCAGUUGGCUGUGUUGGCAAUAUACAUUGGUGAUGAAUUCCUUGCUUUGUACCAUUGUAUAAGAAGUCUGGCUGUUAAAAAUCCUUUUCCUGAUGCCUGGGAUAACCUUAAUCUACUGUUUGAGAAGAAUAGGUCAUCUAAUUUGCCCUCUCUAUCUACGGAGGCCACUUUUGAUUUCAACGCACCAUCUGAGAGAACCAUUGCACAAACCAAAACACAAUCUAAUGAUAGUUUUUCAACUAGAAACAUGUGCAAAAUCACUGAAGAUGUUGGUUCUGUGGAGACUAGUUUAUGGCCUCUCAUUGUUUGGACGAUAAGCAACUUCUAUACAAAAUCAAGUGUGGAUGAAUUUUCUUGCACUUUUGGCUCUACCAUAAGAGAACUGGAUAUUUUGUUGUCACUCAAUGACUUGAGGUUAAUGACUGCAUUGGAGUCCUACCAGCAUAUGGAUGCAUCUAGGACAGGUCCUUUCCGAGCACUACAACUUGUGUCUAUUCUCAUCUUCACCAUCCAUACCCUACAUGAAAGCCCAAAUACACAGAUGCUAAAACAUGUGGAGGAUACACAGCAGCCUGUCUUGUUGCAGCUGGCAUUGGUUUCUACAUUCAUAUGCAUGGGUCGUAUUGCAGAUAGAUGUGUAAUGAGUGAUCAUGUUAGUCAUAGUCCUCUCCUGUCAGCUUUAUUAGUAUUUGCAGAGUGGUUGCCGAACAUGGUAGAAUUAGCGGAAAUGUACGAGGCUGAUGAAAAAUAUGCAAAUGCAAUAAUUUAUUUUUUUAGUGCUUUUGUAGACCUCCUGAACAAGUUUGAUGAUAAAGGGGGUGAAAAUGAGACUCUAGUUUCUACUGCCCUGUGGGAAGAUCAUGAGUUACAGGGUUUUGCACCGAUAGGCCAGGCCCAUACACUGUUAAAAUUUUCAACUCAAGAAAGAUGCAGUUUUGAUGAUGGUUAUGAAUGUCAAAAUCGUAUUCAUCGUAUAUGUCUUGCUGCUAUGAAGCUUGUAAAUAGAUCAAAUGGCUCUCGGAAGUGGAUCUUUUAUGAGAAAGAAGGAAGAAGAUUUUGUACAACCGAGUCAGAGAAACUCCCAGAGGUGAGACAAUCAGAAGAAGUGGAGCCCAGGUCUGAUCCCAAUGUAGAAGAGUUGCAGCAGCAGCAACAGCUUAAGCAUGGUACGCUUCUUCAUGGAGUCACUAAUGAAAGUGAAGCGCAGAUUAGUGAGGGUGAUGGAAGUAACCUUGAUGUGCAUGGAGAUAUUCCUCCUGUGGAAGACGAAGAAGUUAUUCUCUUCAAGCCAAUCACAAGAUAUAAUUCAGCUCCACUCUACGUUCUUGAGGCUCCAAGCUGUGACACCGUAUCAUCUAGUCAAUGCUUGCGUCGUGGCUCAUCAUCAGUUGCACAAAACCAUUAUGGUAGUGAAGCAUCCGGUUCCCUACCAAAUAUUGCUAGUUCAAGCUGCGAUAUGACAUACAGGCAAAAGGAGACUCUUACAGAGGAUUUAUUGAAGUGUACAUUUCCGGAAACCUGCAUAGCUGCUGGGCCUCCCUCCCUCAGUGCAUGGGUCCUUAACAGAGAAAAUUUAGGCAUUGCAGGAAAAAAAGGAACAAAUGAUAUGGGUAAUUGUGCCUCAGGUUGCAGUGAUGAUGUUGCUUCUGCACACUUCUCCCGUCUCUCCAUCAGUGGGACUAGAGUAACUCAGCAAGAUAUACGAGCAACUUCUCCCACUUCAGUGUCUCAAAAUAUGUAUGCUCACAUUUCUGAAGGCAAUUCUGUCAUUGCUCCUGGGUAUGCCUCUGCAACUACUUGUUACUCUCCAUUUUCCUACUCAGCUCCCGUGCCUUCUGCGCCACUUUUACCAGAAGAUGCCACCUGGUUUCACGAUGAUUCGUCCAACUAUGCUGAAAUUAAGGACUCAGAGAGCAUGAAAAUGCCAAACCUUCUCAAUGCACCACAAGUAAAUAGCCACUCAAAUUGGACUGGAACUCAGGGUCCAUCUAUUAUAGGCCCUGGUGUUGCUGACUACACUUUUGGAUAUAAACCAGUCGCAAGCAGAACGGAUUCCACUCUACAACUUCAUCAGUACAGAGGCAACAUUAAUCUUGAUCUCACCGGUGACAAUACUGAGCCAAAUCAGUUUUAUACACCAACUGCCCUUGGAAAGUUUCAUGAUCAUGAUAUUUCCAGGUUAGGCAACUAUGAUCAAUGGAGAAACCCUCUGGCUGAUAGUUCCAGGAAAUACUUGGGGGGUUCACCGUUGUACCCAGGAUUGUCUCCAGUGCACGGUGGUGAAGAACAAGUGAGGGACAAACUUUCUCAUGGCUACCGAAGACCAAGUCCAUUUGUAUAUGGUACUGCUGUGGACCUAAGAUCUGAGCCACAUCUGCUGCUUCAAUAUCUCAAAGAGAGAGAGUGGCGCAUGGAAGGAAGCCCCAACUGAAGGGCCUAUUUAAGCCUUGAAGCCAUACUUGACCUGUUGAUGCAACAGAAUAAACAACUGGAUGUUUUUCUUGCAUCCUUGCCCAUCUUGUAAAGCAUUGUAAAUGACUAAUGAAAUGUUCAAACACUACGGAUGGCUGAGUUCAUGUAUUGACAAAAGAUGGAGAAAAGUAUUUUUCUUUUCUGGGGAAGGUGAGGGUGGGAAGUGGAAUGCUGUAGUCUUAUUCCUUUAUUAUACAUUAAUGACUCAGUGGUUCCAGA